AGCAGUGAGCGCCCUGCUGCCGCCUCCUUCCCCAGGAAGCAGGAACCGAAACAAGUGGAUCUGCCGUUCCCGUCCGAGUGCCCUCCCCCCCCGGCUCCCCGCCGCUGGCCAUGCCGGCUCGGAGAAGGUAAUGAGCCGCAGAGCCCAGGGGUCUCGGCUGAGCAGCGGCAGCACCAAGCAGUACCAGCGGGGCUGGAAUGACUGGCAGCACAGAUCUGAUAGUACUCCAGCCGACCAGGACAAUUUAAAGUAUUCUACUUCCCGAGACCGAGGCAAUUCUGCCUCCUAUGGAUCGCACACUCAAAGUUCAGCCGGAGUUCCACGACACAAGCAUGAUGAUAUCAGGGUUCAGACUGACAUUCAUAAUGAAGAGGAAGAUAGCUACAAUGUCAAUGGAGGAUCUGGAGAAAAUGCUUUUGGUCGGAAGUCGCUGGGGCAAGAGCUGAGGGUUAACAAUGUGAGCCCUGAUUUCACCACUGUCCAGCAUGGAAACCGUGCUUUAGCAUCUAAAGAAAUGAGGAAAUCCCAGGAUCGAUCGCUGUCUUAUUCUGAUGAGUCCCGACUGUCAAAUCUUCUUCGGAGGAUUACCCGGGAAGAUGACAGGGACCGAAGACUAGCUACAGUUAAGCAACUGAAAGAAUUCAUUCAGCAGCCAGAAAACAAAAUGGUGCUGGUUAAACAACUUGACAAUAUCCUGACCGCUAUAAAUGACGUGCUAAAUGAAAGUAGCAAGCUGCUUCAGGAAUUGCGACAGGAGGGCGCGCUGUGCCUUGGCUUACUUUGUGCUUCUUUGAGUUAUGAAGCAGAGAAGAUCUUUAAGUGGAUUUUUAGCAAAUUUAGCUCAUCGUCUAAGGAUGAAGUGAAAAUUCUUUUUCUAUGUGCCACUUACAAAGCUCUAGAAACUGUGGGGGAAAAGAAAGCAUUUUCAUCUGUAAUGCAGUUGGUUAUGACUAGCCUGCAAUCAAUUUUGGAAAAUGUUGAUACACCCGAGCUGCUGUGUAAAUGUGUGAAGUGUAUUUUACUUGUGUCCCGAUGCUACCCUCAUAUUUUCAGUACAAAUUUCAGGGACACAGUUGAUAUUUUGGUUGGGUGGCACAUUGAUCACACUCAGAAACCAUCUCUCACACUUCAAGUGUCAGGGUGGCUGCAGAGUUUGGAGCCAUUUUGGGUAGCAGAUCUAGCAUUUUCCACUACUCUGUUGGGGCAGUUUCUGGAAGACAUGGAGGCUUAUGCUGAAGACUUGGGCCAUGUGGCCUCUGGAGAAUCUGUUGAUGAAGAUAUUCCUCCUCCUUCUGUCUCUUUACCCAAGCUUGCUGCUCUUCUUCGAGUAUUCAGUACAGUUGUGCGUAGUAUUGGGGAACGAUUUAGUCCCAUUCGAGGACCGCCCAUCACUGAAGCCUAUGUUACCGAUAUCCUUUAUCGCGUUAUGAGAUGUGUGACUGCUGCCAACCAGGUGUUCUCUUCUGAAGCUGUGCUAACUGCUGCCAAUGAGUGUGUUGGUGUUCUGCUUGGUAGCAUGGACCCCAGCAUAACGAUUCACUGUGAGAUGGUUAUUACAUACGGGUUGGAUCAACUGGAGAACUGUCAGACAUCUUGUACUGAUUACAUAAUCUCUGUUCUGUACCUGCUCACUUUGAUUGUUGAGCAAAUUAACACAAAAUUACCAUCAUCGUUUGUGGAGAAGCUGUUUGUCCCAGACUCAAAACUGCUUGCGUUACGGUACCAUAAAGAGAAGGAGGUGAUUGGAGCAGCGCAUGCAGUAUAUCAAGCAGUAUUGUCUCUGAAGAACAUUCCUGUCCUGGAGACUGCGUAUAAGUUGAUUUUGGGAGAAAUGACGUGUGCAUUAAAUAGCCUACUGAACUGUUUGCAACUACCUGAAGCCUGUUCUGAAAUCCAACACGAAGCUUUCAAGAAUCAUUCGUUUACUGUGGACAAUGCAAAGUUUGUCUUCAUAUUUGACCUUAGUGUGUUGACAACAAUUGGGAAUGCAAAGAAUUCAUUAAUUGGCAUGUGGGCUUUGUCCCCCACCAUGUUUGCAUUGCUGAGUAAGAAUAUAAUGGUCGUACACAAUGACAUAGCCACCCACUAUCCAGCUGUGCAAUAUUCUGUUCUCUACACAUUAUAUUCACACUGUACUAGACAUGACCAUUUUAUUUCCAGUAGUCUCAGUUCCUCUUCUCCAUCUUUAUUUGAUGGAGCAGUGAUCAGUACAGUUACCACUGCCACAAAGAAGCAUUUCUCUGUGAUUCUGAACCUUGUGGGAAUGCUGCUAAAGAAAGAUAAUCUGAGCCAAGAUGCGAGGAAACUUUUAAUGUUGUGGGCUUUGGAAGUUGCCACGCUGAUGAAGAAAUCUGACACCUACGCUCCAUUAUUCUCCUUGUCCUCUUUCUACACAUUCUGCAAAGGAAUCCUGGCCAAUACACUUUUUGAAGAUGUGACAAUCAGCUUACAAGCUUGUAACAGCCUACAUAUCUUAUCCUCAUCGUUGCCAGAAGAUCUUCUGCAGAGGUGUGUAGACGUGUGUCGUGUUCAGCUCAUGUCCAGUACAUCAAGGGUCAGACAAGCUUUUGGGAAACUUCUGAAGUCUAUUCCCCUAGACAUUGUCUUAAGCAACACCAACCACACUGAAAUGCAGGAAAUCUCCACUGCAAUAAGAAACCACAUGAACAAAUCUCCCAGCAACACAUUCCACCCACAAGACUUCUCCGAUGUCGUUAGUUUUAUCCUGUAUGGGAGUUCUCAUAGAUCUGGGAAAGAUAAUUGGUUGGAAAGGUUAUUCCACAGCUGCCAGCGAUUAGACAAACCAGAUGUAUCACCCAUUCCCCGCAAUCUAUUGAAGACCGAUGCUGUGCUGUGGCAAUGGGCAGUGUGGGAGGCAGCUCAGUUUACAGUUCUCUCAAAGCUGCGAACACCACUGGGAAGGGCACAAGAUACGUUCCAAACUAUUGAAGGUAUUAUCCGAAGCCUGGCAGCUCAUACUCUGAACCCAGAUCAAGAUGUUGCUCAGUGGACCACUGCAGACAAUGACGAGGGACAUGGUAACAACCAGUUGAGGCUGGUCCUCCUCCUUCAGUAUUUGGAGAACUUAGACAAGCUGAUGUACAAUGCUUAUGAAGGAUGUGCCAAUGCAUUGACUUCGCCUCCAAAGGUCAUCAGAACUUUCUUCUACACUAACCGUCAAACAUGCCAGGACUGGCUCACACGAAUACGAAUUGCUAUCAUGCGGGUGGGAUUGCUGGCUGGUCAGCCCGCUGUAACUGUCAGGCAUGGGUUUGAUUUACUCGCAGAAAUGAAGAGCAACUGUGUGCACCAGGGUACGGAGUUUGAAUUGACCGUAAUGAUGGUAGUUGAAGCUUUGUGUGAACUUCAAUGCCCAGAAGCUAUCCAAGGUCUGACUGUAUGGUCCUCAGCUGCCACUGGAAAAAGCCUUUCUUGGAUCAAUUCUGUGGCUCUACAAGCUGAUGGGAGGUUUGAGAAGGCAGCUGUUGAGUAUCAAGAACAUUUGUGUGCCAUGACGGGAGUUGAUUGCAGUACUACAGGUUUUGAUAAAUCCAUUUUGAAAUUGGCAAAUUUCAGUGGCAAUACUGCAAGCCCAAAGCAUUCAAAUGGUGAUGCCCGUAAAACUGUUCUUUCAAAACCAAGUGACCCACUGCCCGAGGUAAUCAAUUACUUGGGUAACAAGGCUUGCGAAUGCUACAUUGCAAUUGCAGACUGGGCUGCAGCCCAAGAAUGGCAGAACACCAUGCAUGACCUCAAGAAGAGCUCCUCAGGGACUUGUAUAAAUCUUAAAUCAGACUUCAACUACAUAAAAGCUCUAACUACAUUUGAUUCUGGAGAGUUCCUGGAAUGUACAGGACAACUAGAGCUGCUCCCUGGAGAAAAUCUGAAUCUGCUGUCUGUGGGAUCAAAGGAAAAAAUAGACAUGAAGAAGCUUCUUCCCUGUCUGCUCAGCCCAGACCCAAGAGAGCUACAAAAAUGUAUUGAAGUCCAACUUCUGAGAAGUUCAGUGUGCUUCAGCUCUGCUGUAACAGAAGAGGAACAAGAACAGAAGUGGCAGCCCAUUGUUGAAAAUCUUUCUAAAUACCUGAAGCAAACUGCACGGAUUGCAAUGGGACCCCUAAGACUUUCUACACUGGCUGUGUCUCAGUCCCUGCCUUUGUUGGGAACAUUACAACUAUACUGCUCCUCCGCUUUAGAGAGUACAGUGUCAACUAAACUUUCAUCCGAGGAUUGUCUGAUACCUCUAUUCAGUGAAGCCUUACGUUCAUGCAAACAGAAUGAUGUGAGGCCAUGGAUAAAUGCCCUCAGAUACACCACCUUUCAAAACCAGCUCACUGAUAAAAUCCAAGAUCAGACCUUAUCAGUAAAAGUUCAUCUGAUGGAGAUGGGACUAACUGCGGCAAAAUGUUCUCGCAAACGUGGGAAUGUCACUCUGGCUACAAGGUUGUUAGCCCAGUGUAGUGACAGCCAGCUUGUGCAGGUUACAAAUGCCCAAGACUUAGUCAAUCAUUUCAAAAAGCUUUCUAUCCAGGGACAAAUGGAUGAGAAGUGGGGUCCUGAACUUGACAUUGAAAAGGCUAAAAUGCUCUAUGUAGCAGGCCAGUCUACUCAUGCCAUGGAGAUGCUAAGUUCCUGUGCCAUUUCCUUCUGUAAAUCAGCAAAAGCAGAAUAUGCCGUGGCAAAAUCUAUCCUUACUCUUGCGAAAUGGAUUCAAGCAGACUGGAAAGAAAUAUCAGGGCAAAUGAAGCAAGUGUACAGAGCACGCCAGCAGCCAAAUGUCACUGGCCUCUCCACUCUGGCUAAAAAUGUACACACACUGAUUGACUUGCCACCUGUGAAUGUCAUGGAAGAGGAAUAUCCACGAAUCGAAAGUGAAUCUACAGUGAGUAUCGGUGUGGGAGAACCUGAUUUUGUUCUGGGGCAGCUAUAUCACUUAUCCUCUGUCCAAGCUCCUGAUGUUGCCAAGUCCUGGGCAGCAUUGGCCAGCUGGGCGUACAGAUGGGGAAGGAAGGUGGUAGACAAUGCCAGCCAAGGGGAAGGAGUGAAAUUAUUGCCAAGAGAAAAAUCUGAAGUACAAGAGCUUCUGCCUGACAACGUUUCUGAAGAAGACAAAGAAAAAAUAUAUGGUAUUCUUGGGCAAGCCAUGUGUCGACCAGCUGGCAUUCAGGAUGAAGACUUGUCUCUUCAAAUCACUGAAAAUGAGGAUAAUGAUGAGAACAACGCUGUGGAUGUGAUUUGGAGGCAGCUAUUGUCAAGCUGCCCGAGGCUGGCAGAUAUGAACGAGGCUGCAUCAGAUGGUCUUAUCAAAGUGUGGAGGAAAGUCGUAGACCGAAUCUUCAGUCUGUACAAAUUAUCCUGCAGUGCAUACUUCACCUUCUUAAAACUGAAUGCCGGGCGGGUUUCUCUUGAUGAAGAUGAUCCUCGCCAGCAUCUUAAUAGCCCUUCCAAACAGAGUUCUGAUGAUGUCAUUGUGAUGGCAACAUUACGUUUACUAAGACUGCUUGUCAAACAUGCCGGGGAACUUAGACAGUACCUGGAACAAGGUCUAGAGACUACACCCACUGCUCCCUGGAGGGGUAUAAUUCCUCAACUCUUCUCUCGUCUCAAUCACCCUGAAGUCUAUGUUCGGCAGAGCAUCUGCAAUUUAUUGUGUCGUGUGGCCCACGAUUCACCAUAUCUCAUCUUGUACCCUGCUAUAGUUGGUAGCAUCUCACUUAGCAAUGAAUCUCAGUCUUCAGGAACCAAGCUUUCUUCGGCUAUCCCCACUCUACUUCGUAAUAUACAGGAUGAGGAGCUGAUGGGCGCUGAAUGUGGAGAUGAGAGUCCACCAGCUUCACAAGAAAGCAAUCGGGAAGAACUAAAGAAUGGUCUGAAUGAGGACCAAGCCAUGAUGCAGGAUUGUUACAGCAAGAUUGUGGACAAGUUAUCCUCUGCCAACCCAACAAUGGUGUUACAGGUGCAAAUGUUAGUUGCUGAGCUGCGAAGGGUUACUGUUCUAUGGGACGAGCUCUGGCUUGGAGUCCUGCUGCAGCAACAUAUGUACGUUCUGAGACGUAUACAGCAACUGGAGGAUGAAGUGAAGAGAGUGCAGAACAACAACACCCUUCGCAAAGAGGAGAAGAUUGCAAUUAUGCGUGAAAAGCACACUGCACUGUUGAAGCCCAUUGUAUUUGCCUUGGAGCAUGUUUGUAGCAUUACUUCAGCUCCAGCAGAGACUCCCCAUGAAAAAUGGUUCCAAGACAACUAUGGAGAGGCAAUUGAAAAUGCCUUAGAAAAACUCAGAAAUCCCUCAAAUCCUGCAAAUCCGGGAAAUAGCUGGUUGCCUUUCAAGCAGGUUAUGCUGAGCUUACAGCAGAGAGCUCAGAAGCGUGCCAGUUACCUCUUACGUUUGGAAGAAAUCAGUCCCUGCCUUGCUGCAAUGACAAACACCGAAAUCGCCCUACCAGGAGCAGUGUCAGACAGGGACACAAUUACAAUUCACAGCGUGGGGAGCACAAUAACAAUACUGCCGACUAAAACAAAACCCAAAAAAUUCAUCUUUUUGGGUUCAGAUGGAAAAAACUACCCCUAUCUCUUUAAAGGUUUGGAAGACUUGCAUCUCGAUGAAAGAAUUAUGCAAUUUCUCUCUAUUGUAAACACCAUGUUUGCAACAAUUAAUUGCCAGGAGUCUCCCCAUUUUCAUGCAAGACACUACUCAGUCACACCUCUGGGCACUCGAUCUGGGCUCAUUCAGUGGGUUGAUGGAGCUACCCCUCUCUUUGGCCUUUACAAACGGUGGCAGCAGAGGGAAGCUGCUUUACAAGCACAGAAGGCUCAAGAUUCCUAUCAGACUCCCCAAAAUCCAGCCAUGGUCCCACGUCCCAGCGAGCUGUAUUACAGCAAAAUUAGCCCUGCCCUUAAGGCAGUAGGGAUGAGCUUGGAUGUGUCCCGUCGAGAUUGGCCUCUUAACGUCAUGAAGUCCGUACUGGAAGAACUAAUGGAAGCUACACCCCCGAACCUCCUUGCUAAAGAACUAUGGUGUUCCUGUGCAACACCUGACGAAUGGUGGAGAGUUACACAGUCCUAUGCCAGAUCCACAGCUGUGAUGUCAAUGGUUGGCUACAUCAUUGGCCUUGGAGAUAGACAUCUGGAUAAUGUUCUCAUUGACAUGACAACUGGUGAAGUCGUCCACAUCGAUUACAAUGUCUGUUUUGAAAAAGGAAAGAGUCUCCGGGUACCAGAGAAGGUUCCAUUCCGAAUGACACAGAAUAUUGAGAGUGCGCUAGGAGUAACAGGAGUGGAGGGUGUUUUCCGUCUUUCUUGUGAACAGGUUUUGCACAUUAUGAGACGAGGCAGAGAGACACUACUAACAUUGCUUGAGGCCUUUGUAUAUGAUCCCCUUGUGGACUGGACCGCUGGUGGAGAAGCUGGUUUUGCUGGUGCAGUGUAUGGUGGAGGUGGUCAGCAGGCAGAGAACAAACAAAGCAAGCGGGAGAUGGAGCGAGAAAUCACUCAGAGCCUCUUUUCUUCACGAGUAGCGGAGAUAAAGGUGAACUGGUUCAAAAACAAGGAUGAAAUGCUUAAUGUGCUUCCUAAAUUGGACACUAGUUUAGAAGAAUAUCUUAACCUGCAUGAUGAGCUGACAGAGGUGGAGAAACUGCAAACAAAACUAGUGGAAGAGAUGGAGUUCUUGGAAGGAGCCGAAGCCCCAGAUCACACAUCCCAUACACUGCAGCACAGGUAUUCUGAGCACACACAGUUACAGACCCAGCAGAGGGCAGUCCAGGAAGCAAUCCAAGUAAAGCUGAAUGAAUUUGAGCAGUGGAUAACGCAGUAUCAGGCUGCUUUCAAUAGUUUGGAAGCUACUCAACUGGCUGGCCUCCUUCAAGAGAUAAGCAGCCAAAUGGACUUAGGUCCUCCAAGCUAUGUACCAGCCACCUCUUUCCUACAAAAUGCUGGCCAGGCACACCUCAUCACACAAUGUGAGCAGUAUGAAGGAGAAGUUGGUGCUCUGCUGCAGCAGAGACGUUCCAUUUUGCGUGGCUGCCUUGAACAUCUACACAACUACGCAACAGUGGCACUUCUAUACCCAAAGGCUGUGUUUCUGAAACACAGAAUUGACCAAUGGAAGACUUGGAUGGAAGAGCUUAUUUGCAACAUGACGGCAGAACACUGCCAGGAUAUCUGCAGGAAGUAUGAAAUGCAGUAUGCUCCUCAGCCGCCCCAAACUGUGUGUCAGUUUAUCUCUGCAACCGAGCUGGCGCUGCAGCGUUAUGCAGCAGAUACCAACAAUAGACUUUUGAGACAAGUGGAACGGCUUAAACAAGAGGCUGUUUCACUUCCCGCUUGCGAGGACCAGUUGAAAGAAAUAGAGCGUUGCAUCAAAGUAUUCCUCCAUGAAAAUGGGGAGGAAGGUUCUCUGAGUCUUGCAAGUGUUGUCAUCUCGGCUCUGUGCUCUUUGACUAGGCGUAAUUUAAUGAUGGAAGGUGCUGCAUCCAGCGCUGGCGAGCAGCUGGUGGAUCUUACUUCUCGAGAUGGAGCCUGGUUUUUAGAGGAGCUCUGCAGCAUGAGCGGAAAUGUUACAUGCCUGGUACAGUUACUGAAACAGUGCCAGCUUGUUCCUCAGGAUCUGGAUAUCCCCAACCCAAUGGAGACAUCUGAAGCUGUAAAUCUAGCUAAUGCUGCGUAUACCACUCUUCAGGAAUUAAACUCAAAUUUCCGUCAGAUCAUUUUUCCUGAAGCUCUUCGCUGUCUAAUGAAAGCUGAACAUACUUUAGAAAACAUGCUUCAAGAGCUGGACAAUCUCAUUGAGCAAACCACCGAUGGUACUUCUCUUCAGGCCCUGAUUGACUCUCUUCAAACUUAUCUACGCAACAUUGGCAUGGGAGUGGAAGAUGAAAGCAAUAUCCAAUACAUUGACAUUGCAAGAUCACUUCACUCACAGUAUGGAGAUUUAAUACAGCCAAGGAAUGGAUCAGUGGAAGAUACUCCAAAAAUGUCAGCUGGCCAGAUGCUACUCGUUGCUUUUGAUGGGAUGUUUGCUCAAGUUGAGACUGCAUUUGGCUUACUAGUGGAAAAGUUGAAGAUAAUGGAGGUGCCACCAGCAUGGCGGAAAGUUGAUAUUAUCCGGGAAGCACGCAGUACACAAGUCAACUUCUUUGAUAAUGAUGAACUUAGGAGUGUUUUGGAUGAGAUAUUCUUUUUAAAAAGACUGCAGACUAUUCGGGAGUUCUUCAGAUUGUGUGGCACAUUUUCUCAAACCUUAUCUGGCAAAUGUUCUCUUGAUGAUCAAAAUCCAGUAAAUGGCCCUGUGCAGUUGCUUAAUGUUAAAGCUCUCUAUAGGAAUACUUGUCUCAGUGAAGAUCAAAUGUCCAAACCGAUCAAGGCAUUUACUGCUGAUUUUGUCAGGCAGCUCUUGAUUGGUCUUCCAACGCAGGCUCUGGGGUUAACACUCUGCAGCUUCAUCAGCACCCUAGGGGUUGAUGUCAUUGCCCAAGUUGAAGCGAAGGACUUUGGAGCCGAAAGCAAGGUCUCUGUUGACGAUCUCUGCAAAAAGGCAGUGGAGCACAACAUUCACACUGCAAAGUUUUCCCAGCCGGUAAUGAACAGAGCCACUGUCCUAGCCAGUUCGUAUGACACCGCUUGGAAAAAACAAGAUUUGGUCAGACGCCUUGAAACAAACAUCGCUUCUUGCAAAACCAGCCUGCAGCGUGUACAGUUGCACAUUGCAAUGUUUCAGUGGCAACACGAGGAUCUACUUAUCAACCGGCCACAGACGAUGUCCGUUACUCCUCCACCUCGCUCUGCCAUUCUAACCAGCAUGAAGAAAAAGCUCCACGCUCUUGGACAAAUUGACUCUUCUAUCAUAGCCGUCCAGGACAAACUGGCUUCUUUGGAAGCAAGCAUUGAGCAGCGCUUGAAAUGGGCUGGGGGUGCAAAUCCUGCCUUGGCACCAGUACUUCAGGACUUUGAGACCACCAUUGCAGAGAGAAGAAAUUUUAUACUCAAGGAAACCCAGAGAACAAACCAGGUCACAUUUUUGUGCAGCACGAUCCUUCAUUUCGAAAGCUUACGCACGCGAACAGCAGAAGCAAUUAGUUUGGAUUCUGGAUUAUUUGACUUGAUCAAGCGUUGCCAGCAGAUGUGCUCCUUUGCGUCCCAGUUCAAUAGCUCAGUGUCCGAUCUUGAACUACGUUUACUGAAGAGAGUGGGACCCUGUGGAGAGAAUGCCAUUGGAAGCCCUGAGUGGCUGGUUUCUGCUCACAAGCAACUGAGCCAUGAUAUGUCAAGCCAGCGAAACCUACAGAGUGAGAAGGAUCAGCAAAUAGAAAACGUGUGUGAAACCACCCAGAAUCUGGUGGACUGCAUCAAGACCAUAUUAACUAGUCACAACAAACAACUCGGAGAUGUUAAACACCUACUUAAAGCCAUGGCAAAGGAUGAGGAAGCUGCCAUUGCAGAUGGUGAAGAGGUGCCCUAUGAGAGCAGUGUUAGACAGUUUUUGGGCGAGUACAAAUCAUGGCAGGACAACAUUCAGACUGUUCUCUUUACCUUGGUUCAAGCCUUGGGUCAGGUUCGCAGCCAGGAACACAUUGAAAUGUUGCAAGAAAUCACUCCCACGCUGAAAGAGCUAAAAAAGCAAAGCCAGGGCAUAUACAACAACCUGGUGAGUUUUGCCUCCCCUUUGGUGACAGAUGCAGCAAAUGAAUGUGCAAGCCAGACCACAUCAUCUACCUAUCUACCCAGUUUUGCUGCAGCUGUUCGUAGCAACACUGUUCAGAAGACACAGUCAGAAGGCAUGUCUCAGAAUACAAAAAAGCCAAUUCAGAAAAACCUGGCACCAUCAGCAAAUACUCCACCAAGCACCCUUCCAGGCCCUGGCAAGAGCGUUGCUUCAAGUCCUAAAAAGGCAGUUCGAGAUCCUAAAACUGGCAAAGCUGUACAAGAGAGAAAUUCGUAUGCAGUCAGUGUCUGGAAAAGAGUGAAGGCGAAGCUGGAGGGACGAGAUGUGGACGCUAACAGAAGGAUGUCUGUUGCAGAGCAGGUGGACUUUGUGAUUAAGGAGGCAACAAACCUAGAUAACCUGGCUCAGCUGUAUGAGGGUUGGACAGCUUGGGUGUGAGCAAGAAGACGGCAAACCAGCCUGGUUCAGCAAAGUCAGAAAUCCACCAGAAUCAACAAAGUCUCAGGCAUCCAUAGCCGCGCCAUGGUCGGUGUCGAUGCAUACUGGGGCUUAAUAUGAGGUAACCUAGGAAAUCCUGGUGCGGUGGGAAGGGAAUCCCACAGGAAUGCUGCACCCAGAGAAAUGUUAAACACCAAUGGUCAGCAAGCCCCAGGGCACAGAGUCAAAAGCUCACUGUCUGGCUAACACGAUUGUCUUUCUGCUACGAAAGAACUGACAAUUCAUCUGAAAGAUAACUGCAGAAAGAAAUUGGUAUCUACAGACCGCAGGGUGCUCUAGAACUCUUCCACGUGACCCUGUCAACCAUUGAGGAAACGCUACACCCUGUUCGUAAAGGGGGGGAAACUAGGGGCCAUCACGGAUUUGCAGCGAAGAAGAUGCUGUCAGUUUCUUGGGUUACUCUUGUUGCUUGGCAACAGUGCUGGUUCAGUUGACCAGCAAAGCGCAGAAGGGGCAAGGAGAUGAAGCAUGGCCUUUGAAAUUCGCUGAAAAUAAGCAGCCAAAGAACCGAAAUGUGAAGUUGGAUGGACUUCUGAGAAGAAGAAAAAGCCUUGUUCUCCGUUCUUUUCUUCCCCUUAAACCUUAAAUUCCUGUAGUUUAGAAAUACUUGUUUAAUUUCAAUUUUUGUAUUUCACACUGUAGUAAGUCUAUCAGCUUUGUUUGGUAGUUUGAUAUCUAUCACAACACAUUUAAAACCUUGGAGCAUUCAACAACGAAUCUGGAAAAAUAUAUAUAUUCUUAAUUCACACAACGAAGGUCUGUUUGGUUGCUGUAUUCUAUAAUAACCCUUUCAUAUACAGUUACCCAUGCGUUUAACUUAUGAGAACCUUUUAGUUCCACAUGCCACAUCUCUUUGAAGUCAUUUCUGUAGAUUAAGUUCUGGUCAAAAGUAAUUUGCCCAUUUGUAACCAUAUACUUUUUUUAGUUUUUUUUUUUAUAUUAAACAAAGAAGAAACUUUUUGUUUGACCAGCAUAGACUAAGUAGUGGAGUUUUACGUUGCUUACAGUUAAUAAAAAGUUAUGUUCUGGUGGA